ACAACAAAUCCCGUUGCGGCAAAACUCGAAAACGAAGUACAUAGAUUAGCGAUUCUACAAAAAAAGGAUCAUUUCGAAUCAAUUUAUUUAACUCAAAUUAGUAAUUGUAAAAUAUAAAUUCUAAUUUAUUCAUAAACUUUUUACUUAAAUUUCGUGCUAAAAUAAGAAAAUAUACUUUAAAUAAUGUCUGAUUGGGCUAAGAAAGCGGAGGAUCAAGAAAUUUCUAAUUUGGUCGAUAAAUUAGAUAUCAAGAAGAAAGAUGAUGAACCUAAAGCAGAAGAAAAUAAAACCACUGCACCAGCUCCUGCAGAAGAGCAAGCCGAUGUUGUAAGUCCAGCCGAAGCUAGUUUGCUUUUGAAAAUAAUUCGAAAAGGAUUAGUUGAGUCUAAAUUAGACUUGGAAGUGCAACGCAAGGAUCCAACAUCGCCAUUGCAUUCUGUAAAGACGUUUGAAGCUCUGCAUUUAAAACCGGAGCUACUUAAAGGUAUUUAUGCUAUGGGCUUUAAUGCCCCUUCGAAGAUACAAGAAACUGCUCUGCCAACCUUGCUAGCAGAUCCCCCACAAAAUAUGAUUGCUCAGAGUCAAUCUGGUACUGGAAAAACAGCUGCUUUUGUCUUAGCAAUGUUAAGUCGAGUUGAUACGAAGCUUGAAUACCCUCAGGUCCUCUGUCUAUCGCCCACAUACGAGCUUGCAAUUCAGACAGGAGAAGUCGCAGCACGAAUGGCGCAAUAUUGUCCUGAAAUCAAGCUCAAAUUUGCUGUUCGAGGCGAAGAAGUUCCACAAAGUACUAAAUUGAAUGAUCAUAUUAUCAUUGGAACUCCUGGAAAAAUCCUCGAUUGGGGAAUCAAAUACAAGUUUUUCGAUUUGAAAAAAGUUCGAGUGUUUGUUCUUGAUGAGGCUGAUGUUAUGAUUGCGACCCAAGGUCAUCAUGAUCAAUGUAUUCGGAUUCAUAAGCAAUUAUCUCCGAAAUGUCAAAUGCUUUUCUUUUCGGCAACGUAUGAAAAGGAUGUAAUGGACUUUGCACAGCACAUUGUUAAAGAUCCCACAAUUAUAAGAUUAUUAAGAGAGCAAGAGUCUUUGGACAACAUUAAACAAUACUACGUGAAGUGCAAAAAUGAGGACGAAAAGUAUCAAGCUAUUCAAAACAUUUAUGGUGGAAUCACUAUUGGUCAAGCUAUAAUAUUUUGUCACACGAGAAAAGCUGCUGGUUGGCUUGCUGGUAAAAUGUCUCAAGAUGGUCACUCUGUAGCUGUUUUGUCUGGUGAUCUUACGGUCGAACAACGAUUGGCUGUCCUUGAUAGGUUUAGAGCUGGGUUAGAGAAAGUACUAAUAACCACAAAUGUGUUGUCAAGAGGUAUCGAUGUCGAACAAGUAACGAUUGUUGUCAAUUUCGAUUUGCCCAUGGAUAUCAAGGGUAACGCAGAUUGCGAAACGUAUCUACAUCGUAUUGGAAGAACUGGUCGAUUUGGCAAAAAUGGAAUUGCUAUCAAUCUUAUUGAUAGUGAUAAGGCAAUGGCAAAUUGCCGCACUAUUGAAGCCCAUUUCCAGAAGAAAAUAGAGUUCCUAAAUGCAGAGAAUUCAGACGAUAUUGAAAAGAUUGCUACAUAAGCAUUCCCCUUAGAAUUUAAUGCAUAUAAUUAUAUUUUUUGACUCAUAAACUUUUUUACGGUAUCACUUUA